CGUGAGUAUUUUACAGUUCUCUCGUGCUUCCGAGUUUCUCUCUGCAAACGCCCAAGUCGCACCAAUACUCCUCCAGGCAGUGAUGGCAUCAACAUUCUUUACAUGGCUCAGAUCUCCUGCUGCUCGCGAGUACUUCUUCAGCACACAUUUCUGGGGACCAGUUGCAAACUGGGGUCUCCCCCUCGCUGCCAUCGCUGAUCUUAGCAAAGAUGAGGAGGUCAUCUCAGGUUCCAUGACCACUGCACUUUGUGCCUAUUCAAUGGUUUUCAUGCGCUUCGCCUGGAAAGUACAACCCCGGAAUUACUUGCUCUUUGCUUGUCACUUGACAAACGCGACAACACAGUCAAUCCAGGAAGCCCGUUUCGUAAACUACUGGUAUUACGGUGGCCGUGAGAAGAAGUUUGGUCUUGACAAGGGUCCAGUCACCCAAGCCAUCGAGGAAUCACAAGCGGAAGCAAAGAAGGUUGCGGAAGCAAAUUAGUAAUAUCCCUCUAUGCAACGCUGGAACACGCUGCGCCUUUGACUAACCAAGGUCUGAAGUCAGCAUCUAGAUACUGAUACGUAAUGUUCACCAAAAUCCAUCAUCUCCAUCACCUUUGCUUUUCUUCCCGCCCUUGCUCUGCGCAAGUGCCUGUCGCUCAUACAUCUCAGAGAUCUACCAUGCAAUUAUGAGUACCUGCUAUCUCAUCGAAUCUCAAUAUGCAGCGAACCACUCACUUGCUCAGGUCCAGUAGCAUCAU